UCCAGCCGCCGCUUCUGCUGCGGACGGGUUUUGCCGACGAACGUUGUGCUCCCGCAGGCUGAAGUUUCCUCACACGUGCCGGUUUCUGAUCGGUUUGUCGGGAUCCCAUGGCUGCUUUCGACUUAAUCAGGACGAUUGGAGAGGAGGACGAGGUUCCGGAGGAGGAGACGGGCUCUGAGGGAGAGGAGCCACCUAUCACCUUACUGAAGAGAAAGAAGUUGAGGAAGAAAUGUGUGGACUUCAGUGAAGACUUCUUGUUCACUGAAAAAGAUGGGGAAUAUGACGACAGCUGGAUGAUGACAGAUGUCCUGAGUCAACUGAAAAAGAACAAGGCACCAACAACCCUGGAUGAAAAGAUAGACAAAGUACGAAAGAAAAGAAAAAAAGAGGAGAAAUCUGCAAAAGAAGCAAAGGCGUUAAGGACCAACUCUACUGAGUCCAAACCAGACACAGUAGAAGAAGAUGAGGAAGAACUGGAUCAGGCGGAGGCCAGUGAUGAUGCUGAGGAAUCUGACAAAGAGAAAAACGCAGAAAUUGAAGAAGACGAUGAGUCAAUAUCCGAGUUCUCCUCAGCAGAUGAAGAUAUUUUACAGAAAGCAGACACACUGAAAUUGAAGGGGAAGAAGAGAAAGAGAAAAGUUCCAGGGGAUGAAUCAGGUGUGUUCUUUGAGGACGCCCCUCAAUUUGAUGAAGGUUUGACAUUCCAGGAUAUGAAUUUCUCGCGACCGUUGUUAAAGGCAAUUACUGCAGUGGGCUUCAAGCAACCAACCCCCAUUCAGAAGGCAUGUAUUCCAUUAGGCCUGCUUGGCAGAGACCUUUGUGCAUGUGCUGCAACUGGAACAGGUAAAACUGCUGCCUUCAUGCUGCCAGUCCUAGAACGCUUGAUCUAUAAGCCGCGACAGGCUCCCAUUACUCGGGUGUUGGUUCUAGUUCCAACUCGUGAGCUAGGCAUUCAAGUUCACUCUGUCUCCAGGCAAUUGGCACAGUUCACAUCCAUCUCCCUCUGUCUUGCUGUUGGUGGACUGGAUGUAAAAACCCAAGAGGCAUCUCUGAGGGCGAGGCCUGAUGUUCUCAUUGCCACCCCUGGCCGAUUAAUUGAUCACCUUCACAACUGUCCAUCCUUCGACCUCAGCAGCAUUGAGGUCCUCAUUCUUGAUGAAGCAGACAGAAUGCUGGAUGAGUACUUUGAGGAACAGAUGAAGGAGAUCAUUCGUCUCUGCUCCCAUCAGCGACAGACAAUGUUAUUCUCUGCCACCAUGACUGAUGAGGUGAAAGACCUAGCAUCCGUGUCACUGAAGAAUCCAGUGCGAAUUUUUGUGAACAGUAACACUGAUGUAGCACCAUUCCUUCGUCAGGAAUUCAUUCGGAUCCGGCCAAACCGUGAGGGUGACAGGGAAGCCCUUGUUUCAGCUCUUCUGACUCGUACAUUUCAGGAUCAUGUCAUGUUGUUCACACAGACUAAAAAGCAGGCCCAUCGAAUGCACAUCCUCCUGGGGCUGAUGGGAUUGAAGGUUGGUGAGCUACACGGUGACCUCUCUCAAACACAGCGACUGGAGGCCCUUAGGCGCUUUAAAGAUGAGCAGAUCGAUAUUCUUGUGGCUACUGAUGUUGCAGCUAGAGGGCUGGACAUUGAUGGGGUCAAAACGGUAAUAAACUUCACAAUGCCCAAUACCGUUAAGCAUUAUGUGCACAGAGUAGGCCGUACGGCACGAGCGGGCCGGAGUGGAAGAUCCGUUUCCCUUGUCGGUGAAACAGAAAGGAAAAUGUUGAAAGAGAUUGUGAGGAAAGCCAAAACUGAAGUCAAAGCUCGGGUCAUCCCACAAGAGGUGGUGACAAAGUUCAGGGACAAGAUAGAGAAACUGGAAAAGGAAAUCUAUGCUGUGUUGCAGCUCGAAAAGGAGGAGAAGAUGCUUCAGAGAUCGGAGGCUCAGAUUAACACUGCCAAAAACAAGUUACAGAAGAACAGCGAAGAGACAAGACCAGAGCGUACCUGGUUUCAAACCAGAGAGGAACGGAAAAAAGAGAAAAUUGCAAAUGCUCUUCAGGAAUUUGACCUUGCCUUAAGAGGCAAAAAGAAGCGAAAAUCGUUCAUGGAAAAUAUUAAGAAAAAAGGAGAGAUGACAGCUGAAGAGAGGACACAGUUUGAAAUCAUGAAAUCGCAGAUGUACGCAGAACGUGUCGCUAAGCGAGGCCGUAGGCCAAAGAGAGCAAGAGCAAUGCCAGAGGAUGAGCCAAAGCCCACAGCAGGGAAUAAAAAGAACAGAACAAACAAAUCAAAGAAGUCUAUGUUUGAUGAAGAAUUAACGAAUACAAGUCAAAAGGCCCUUAAACAGUACAGAGCUGGGCCUUCCUUUGAGGAUCGAAAGAGACUCGGGAUAACGCAACACAGGAAAGGCGGUUCCUUUAAAUCCAAGUCCAGGUACAAGAGGAGAUGAACCAUGACAACAAAGCUACUACCAAGGUUUCUGAAAAUGCAUUGCAAAAGUGAACAUUUUUAUUGGACUGUAUCUUUAAUAAAAUGUGGCCCAUUUCUAAAUGAAACUAUACUUCUGUUUCACACCUGGAAGAAUCUCUAUUUAAAAACCAAAAGCAAUGAUUGCACAGGCCUUUAACCCCUGUUGGAACUGUGAUUUUUGCAUCCUUCACAAUUAAAUGCCAAGUGGAAAAAUGCUAGGUUGUCAACAUCUAUUCCAAAAGUGUUUUCAUCGGGUUCAAUACUUUCUGGUGUAGGUUGGACUCAGAAUGCAUAAUUAUGUGAAAUAGUGUUUCUCAAUGGGCAUUGUAUCCUGCAGAUUUGUUUAUUUAAAUCAAAUUCAGCAAAUCAACUAGAGUGCUCUUCUGUAAUGAGCUACUCAAUCAUAAUCUUGGUUCUCACUGAUAGGACUUCUGCUGCUAACUCAAGAAAUGUGAGGCUCAGCAGACUUCAACAAACUGUCAAUAAGUGGCAUAUUUCUGCAAUGAUUUUAAUUUUGAUCCAAAUGGUAUAGGCAAGGGUGUUUAAAUUACUGAAUUUUCUACCAUUAUUAAGCACAGAUACUUUCCAGGGAUGUACAUACAUGUAUGUGGUAGUGGAGAGGAUUUGGUUUGGAAGCAAGGUCUGCUCAUCCAAGGAACAGUAGAGCUCCUAUUCUCUUCAGCAAUGUAAAAUCAAAUGGGAUGAGAAUGAUGAAACUGUUCCUCAGUAUGCUGUAUUAUGUAAUACAUCUCAUUUGUUACAUUUUACUUAAAACUAUUAGCAAUGUAAGGAAAAAAUUAUCACCCGAAAGCUGCCAUAUGCCCUAUUUUUUGGGAAUGAAGCACUGUACAUUAGAAGAAUGGAAACUCAUUCUUGGAUUGGUUCUUUGUAUAUUCUCAAAUACUGGAUGCUGUACAUGGGUUUUAAUAAAACUAAAAAAUACUUCCA